AAAGUGAAGAAAACAAAAACACUCUGAUAAAUAUAAUGCUGUUGGAAAAACUGGCGCACCUUCGUCCUAGUAGUACCAAUUCAACGCCGUAGAUUUUCUUCCAAACCCCUUCAUAGGACUACCAAACCCUCCUCAGUUGUCUCUCAUUUUCUCUCUCUCUCUAACGCACUGCACCCAUAUUUUCUUCUGGGGAACCAUUUCUCGAUCUCUGACUCGAGCAUUAAGGUUUUGUUUCCGAUUCACAAUCUUAUCUCCAUUUUGUUUGGGGGCUCAAGAUCUGUGUUCCUCUUUGUCUCGGUGAUGUGUACCUCAAAAUCUCUCUGAUGGGUUUCAUUUUCAUGCUUUAAUUCUGUUGUUACUGAUCUUAUUCCAAAAGGGUAGUAAAAUAUCAGCUAAAUUUCAUAGAUUUUUGUUUUUCUGGUAUUUAUUUCGAAUACCCAUGUCUCAGAUUUUGCUGUGAACUCCUUAACUGCUUCAUUUCCUUUCAAUUUUGAUUCAUAUGCCUCUCUCAGUUUGCAAUCUCGGUUUAUAGCUCUUUAAAUUUGUUGAAGAUCUACUAGGUUUAGCACUUAAUUUGGCUGAAUAUAUAUUGGAUUAGAGUUAAAGAGUUUAUAAUGUCUUCGAUUCGAUUGGAUUCUGCGAAGCAAUACUAUGCCACGAGCAGUCUCGUGGUUGGGUACGCGCUUUGCUCUAGCUUGCUUGCCGUGAUAAAUAAGUUUGCCAUAACCAAAUUCAAUUACCCAGGCCUUUUGACUGCAUUGCAGUAUCUAACUUCUGCUCUAGGAGUUUGGGUUUUGGGGAAGUUGGGGUUUUUGCACCAUGAUCCAUUUACAAUUGAGACUGCCAAGAAGUUUUUACCAGCUGCCAUUGUUUUCUAUUUGGCAAUCUUUACCAACACAAAUCUUCUUCGCCACGCGAAUGUGGAUACAUUUAUAGUGUUUAGAUCAUUGACACCCCUUUUGGUUGCUCUAGCGGAUACAACGUUUAGGAAACAGCCAUGCCCAUCAAAGCUCACUUUUUUGUCAUUGGUGAUUAUAUUGGGUGGAGCUGUUGGGUAUGUGGCAACAGAUUCAGCUUUUACUUUGACUGCGUAUUCAUGGGCAUUUGCUUAUUUGGUGACAAUCACGACUGAGAUGGUUUAUAUCAAACAUAUGGUGACGAAUCUUGGGUUGAACACUUGGGGUUUUGUGUUGUAUAAUAACUUGUUGUCGUUGAUGAUGGCUCCCGUGUUUUGGUUUCUUACAGGAGAGUAUGUCGAUGUGUUUGCUGCGUUGGGAGCUAAUUCUGGGGAUUGGUUUGAUCUUGUUCCAUUCUUGGCAGUGUCAUUGUCGUGUGUUUUUGGAUUGGCCAUCAGUUUCUUUGGGUUUGCUGCAAGGAAGGCAAUCUCUGCUACAGCUUUUACAGUGACUGGUGUUGUGAAUAAGUUUCUUACGGUUGCCAUCAAUGUGUUUAUUUGGGAUAAGCAUGCCAGCCCAUUUGGUUUGCUGUGCCUCCUCUUUACACUUGCUGGUGGAAUUCUUUAUCAGCAAUCGGUUACUGGAGCUGGCAGUGCUCCAUUGCAGCGUGAGUCUAUAGCUUCAAAGCAGACUGACAGUGAGAAUGAUGGUGAUGAUUUUGGAGAUGAGAAUCAAGGAAAGGGCAUGCCUGGUAAACUUGCUUCUGUAUGAAAGAUUUUGUUGGCUAUAUUUCAUCUUUUUUGGCCCAUUGGUGAAGAGGCCAAGUGAAGAGUUUGAAGUUUUAUGUCUAAUAUUAAUGAUUUAAGAAAUUUUCUGUAUGAGAUCAUAUCUAUUAUUUUCCUUAGAAUUUAAAUUCUGUUAGCACUUUCCCAGGAUCCUAGGAAUGUUUUGGCAUUGCCAAAUGAUUGUGUUUUUGUUCUUUUACAAUUCUAUAUUGUUCUUGUAUUGCUUUUAGGGAGUAAUACUAAUUGUUGCAUGUA